GGAGUUGAAAUUAUUCUAACAAAAAUAUAACUUUUCUAAUAUCUGUUGCUGUUUUUCUGUUGAAAAUGAGCAGGUAGAAUAUACAUUGAUAGGAAAUGUGAAAAUUUUUGCUUGUGACCCCUUAGUCCGAAGAUAGUUCUGCCAGGUAAGUUUUCUUAAAAAUGUUUUUUUCUGUCCUGGCGCGGUGGCUCACGCCUGUAAUCCCAGCACUUUGGGAGGCCGAGGCGGGCAGAUCACUUGAGGCCAGGAGUUCCAGACCAGCCUGGCCAACAUGGCUUUCUUCUAGUCAAGAUGAGUGAUAAACCAGACUUGUCGGAAGUGGAGAAGUUUGACAGGUCAAAACUGAAGAAAACUAAUACUGAAGAAAAAAAUACUCUUCCCUCAAAGGAAACUAUCCAGCAGGAGAAAGAGUGUGUUCAAACAUCAUAAAAUGGGGAUCUCCUCCAAAGAACAGAUUUCAGCAUUGCCUGGCAGUCUUGGUUUUAGGCUUUUUUUUUGUAAACCUAUGUGUUUGUAAAGAUUUCAGGCAUCUUCUGAUUUCUUCUCACCUAUAUUCCCUGGUUAAAAGGUCAGGGGUAGUGAAUGUUUCCUUAAGUUCCUUUUUAAACUUCCCAUUGGUAUGUAAAUUCCAAAUGGCAGAUGCUGUCAAUAACCUUGCCAUGGAUGACCUUUGCAUAUGUAGUCCUUGCACCUCAUACAGGAUAAGCUAAUUUUAACUUUCUACAAUGGGUGCCUCAAUUGUUUCAUAAUCUUCAUGAAGUUGCAUCCUUUGGCAGCUUCUUAGUUUAUUUUCACUUCCAAUGUAGCAAUAAAAUAAUAAAUAUAAUUGUUA